AUGCAAGCCUAUUCAGCUGUCAUUACUCCACGGCCUGAAGAAGUACCUAUCAAAAAGUCGUUAUUGCCAAACCGGGAUAUUCUUGAACAUCAAAAAUUGGUCAUUCCUAAAGAUUUUAUCGGACUAAACCUACCAGAAGAUUCGACAAAUAUUAAAUCUUUAACACUAGAAAGCGUGUCAACUUUAACUUUAUCGGGAAAAGGACCGGCUGCAAGAGCGGUAGAAACGAGAGGUUUGACGGUUCGGGCAGAUUUUCUUAAAGAACCGGGAGAAGUUGGCGGAGGUAAAAUUAAACGGUUGAGCGGUGAUAUGGCUAAUGUGGGAACUGAAGGUAAUCUGAGUGAUUUUAUUAUAUACUCUUGUAGUCAGGAAGGCAGUUACGAAUGUGAAUUAUAUGAUCAGCGGGAAGUCUCAUUUAAAGCAUAUCUUAAUAUACUCGUUGAAAAUUGUUCAAUACAAAAUAAAAUUAUAGAUUCCUUGAAGAACCGCUUAGCAAUGGAUUUAAAGUUCAGGCAGCUCAGUACAUUCAAACGUUCGAAAGGGCCGCCGCGAAGGCCUAGGUCGUCAACGACUUCUCCAGUUGAAAAGAAAAUGUAUAAGCCAAGAUGUUUGAAUGAGAAAGUCAGAUAUUGUCUGAUAGUUCUUAUUGUGGUUAAAAAUUUGGUUAGAAAAAUAAUCGCUGCAACCAAGCUAGAUAAGCAGCUAAUUUUAGCAAAACUGGAAUUGAAAGUUAAAAUGUAUACAGAGCUUUUGGAAAUUGCUGUUGUGCUAAAGUUUAACGUUGCAAGGAAAGGCUCAAUUCAACAAGGUUCUGAAGAAGUUCAGAAGCCGAAAACUGAGAUAAAACACAGAAAGAAAAGUCCAAAAUCAAAGAAAAGGCAUGGAAUAACAGUCAAAGAACAAAGAAGUGGAGCACGAAGACGACCUACCUCAAAAAAAGGCUCUAAAUCAACUGCAAAAGCUCGCCCUCCUUCACGUAAAACUGCCGCUGAGAGUGCUGAGCUAAUUGCUUUGUCACCUGAGCAUCCUGAACGGGUUGAGGACGCAAAGCUGGUACAGAUUCCACCAUCAAAGGUCUCAGGGAAGCGAAAACGUCCCAAAAGCAGUAAGGGUGUUUUGGCCAGCAAAACGGCAAUUUCUAGCGCCGGGCAUUCAGCAGUUCUGUCAAAGAUGAGAAAGAGAACUGUUCAAAGACUAAAAAAAAAUGCUGUAAUUGGUGAAGGAGCUACGCAACAAGCAGGAAGGCUGCCUUCGAGGCGUUCAUCUGUUAGCAGAAGUCGCUCGUCUCCUACAUCUCGGCGCAGCAGUCUGUCGACAACGGGACGCGCAGAAGACGGAGAACUAAGAAGUAUUCAAGACGUCAGCAUAGCGGAGCCACAACAGGACGAUGUCAAGGAAGCGGUGCUGACUUUUAGUCAGGGCGAAACCGAUGGCGAGGAUGUGCGCAGUGCAGUUGUCAGGAAGAAUGUUUUGAGGAGUCAAAGAUGUGCCUCAUUAUACGGAGCGAAAAGACAGGCUGCGAAAAGUGUUGUUGGACCUCUGCAUCAGAUCAAGUCGAGCAAGAGUAGAUCAGGUAAAACAACUUCAAAGGCGGAGUCUUUGCCACAUGGAGCAACCAUCAAGCGAAACAGUGAUGGAAAAAUGUGUACUGCAAAUAUAGUUUUAGCCGAUGGAAGACCGUGUACAGUGACUAUCAAAAUAAAGUGGAAACGCCCUUCAAACCACUGCGACAAAUCUGCUAAAGAACCUCCUGUUGAACUACCGAAGUGA